UACACGGCUCGUUACUUGAACGUGUUUGAGUUUCCUGUUACCGCUCGGCCAAUUUGCAUGAAAUCGCAUUUAUUCAAUUACAAUAUAAUUUAAACACAGUGUAUUGUGAAUAGGGAGAUGUACGUAAGUGGACGGACACACUGCGAGUGGGUCAAAGCCGGUUAAGUUAAAAAAAAAACGGUGGAAACUUGCAGACGGGUGUGCAAUAUUGUUUUUAAAGUUUUGUUUUAGUUUAUUGUGUCUCGAAAAAGUGUUUCUGUGACAAUGAAGGAGCCAAGUGGAAGGGAAGAAACCUCCGACGAUGAGUCUGGGUUGGGCUAUCAGAAUACAUUGAUGUAUGGUCGCUACCAACGCGACCUCAGCGAAGCGGCCAGAGAGGAGGCGAGGAGACUCAGAAGACUGCGCAAGAAAAGAAGAAAAGACGACAAACUUAGACAGAAGGAGCUAGAGGCUUCUGGCAAACACAGGCCGAGGGGGAAGUUCUUUAAAGUAUUAGGUUACCUAUGGAGGCACACGUUUGCGAGGCUAGGCGAGGACUGGGUGUUCCUAGCUGUACUGGGCAUUAUCAUGGGCUGCCUGAACUUCGCUAUUGACCAGGGAAUCGCAGUUUGUAAUAAUGCUCGAACGUGGAUGUACAAAGACGUAGCGACGACGACGUUCAGCAAAUAUGUGGCGUGGGUGUCUCUGCCAGUAUGCUUGAUACUAUUUGCAGCUGGCUUUGUGCACAUCGUCGCUGCGCAGAGUAUUGGGUCUGGUAUACCCGAAAUGAAGACGAUUCUCAGAGGAGUACACCUCAAAGAAUAUCUCACGUUUCGGGCUCUCGUCUCGAAGGUGGUGGGCCUGACAGCUACCCUCGGGUCUGGACUGCCCUUGGGUAAAGAGGGCCCCUCAGUCCACAUAGCGUCCAUGGUGGCCUCUCUCCUAUCGCGUCUAGUGACGACCUUCCAGGGGAUAUACGAGAAUGAAUCCCGCACCACGGAAAUGCUGGCCGCCGCGUGCGCAGUGGGCGUGGCCUCUUGCUUCGCCGCGCCUGUGGGGGGUGUGUUAUUCUCAAUUGAAGUAACGACGACGUACUUCGCCGUACGGAAUUACUGGCGAGGCUUCUUCGCCGCGUGUUGCAGUGCUAUUAUGUUCCGCUUGCUGUCGGUAUGGUCAGGAGCGAUGCCGACGGUCAAACCUCUAUUCCCCACCAGUCUCCCUCAAGACUUCCCAUUUGAUCCACAAGAGUUCGCUGUUUUCGUAUUACUCGGAAUAGUUUGUGGCUUAAUGGCGGCGUUGUGGGUGUGGCUGCACAGGCAAUACGUCCUCUUCAUACGAAAUACUAAAUAUCUGAGCACGUUCCUACAGAAAAAUCGUUUCAUUUACCCCGGGUUUGUUACCCUGGCCGUUAUGUCAAUACUGUUCCCGCCCGGGAUUGGAAAGUACAUGGCCGCUGACCUGGGGAAUCAACCGCAGGUGUUGUCCCUAUUCGCCAACUUCACGUGGUCGGACGAGCUGACAGCGGAGCAAGCCGCCAUCGUCUCGCACUGGCAGACGCCAGAAGUUGAUCAUUUUGGAUGCUUGAUUAUUUAUUUCUUCUCCAUUUACUUCCUCAGCAUGGUAUCAUGCACUUUGCCAGUACCAGCUGGUAUUUUCGUGCCGGCAUUCAAAAUGGGCGCCUCGUUAGGCCGGUUUACGGGUGAAGUGAUGCAUUACUUCUGUCCGUUGGGCGUGGCCUACGGCGGACAUAUACAGAAGAUAUUGCCUGGGGGUUACGCUACUGUUGGGGCGGCAGCUUUCACUGGGGCAGUUACGCACACUGUAUCCACUAUUGUUAUUGUUAUUGAGAUGACUGGACAGGUAACCCACUUACUGCCAAUCAUGGCUGCGGUGUUAGCCGCGAAUGCAGUUGCCGCUCUCUUGCAGCCAUCUUGCUUCGACAGCAUCAUACUUAUCAAGAAAUUGCCUUAUCUGCCAGAUUUACUGUCCUCAGCUAGCCGUAUGUACGACAUUUGCGUGGAAGACUUUAUGGUGAGAGACGUGAAGUAUAUAUGGAACAGAAUGACCUUCCAGCAGCUGAAGGAUAUCCUCAAAGCGAAUAAGACAAUCAAGAGCUUCCCGUUGGUAGAUAGCCCAGCGUCCAUGGUACUCCUCGGCUCCAUCCACCGCUGGGAGCUGGUGAAGCUAAUCGAGCAGCAAGUGGGCCGCUCCAGGCGGCUGCAGGUCGCCGCGCUGUGGCAGCGGGAGGCCGAGAGGAGGCGGGAGGAGGAGAGGAGGGUGCGCAGGCCGUCACGCUUCGAGGUGACUCCAGCGCCAGAUAUGCUUCAAGUACCAGGAUCAGGCAUGACGAGAGGCACUUCUCUCACUACCCAGGAUCAAGGGGGAUUAAUACCUGCACCAGGCCAGCUGUUCCGUCCGAAGUCGAUCCUGAAGAAGACCAACUCGUUCACCUUGGGCCGAGGGUUGGGAGCUCCACCUUCUCCGUCGCUGCCGCACCCUGCUGUGUAUACCACUGUCACUGGAGCUGAGACCAGGAUUCGCGCAGCAUUCGAAGCAAUAUUCAAACGUUCCACUCUCCUACCAGACGUGGAGGGAGGCCUUUCAGAUGGACUCAGUUUGCCUCGCAGUCCGUCUAUUAACAAAAAAGUGCAAUUGCCACGCGAGAGAGUGUGCGACAUGUCACCAGAAGACCAAAAGGCGUGGGAGCAAUUGGAAAUGGCCAAAGAGAUUGACUUUGAUAGGAUGCUGCAAAUAGCUAGGAAACGAGAUAUGAACCCAGACGACACAGACUACGAAGAUGAAAAUCUGUACAUUUGUCACAUCGACCCGGCUCCCUUCCAGCUAGUUGAAAGAACGUCGUUACUUAAAGUACAUUCUCUUUUCUCAACGUUGGGUGUCAGCAGAGCGUAUGUGACAGCGAUCGGACGUCUCAUUGGUGUGGUGGCUUUAAAAGAGCUCCGCAAGGCCAUAGAGGACGUAAACUCCGGCGUCCUGACGGCGGCCACCCGGCCCGCGCCCCCCUCGCCCCCCGGCCCGCCCGCGCCCGCCCCGCCGCUGCUCAUCAAGGUGCACGCCGCCGAGCCCGCGCCGCCCAGCGACAGCGACACCGCGCCGCUCACACGGAAAUAG